CCCUGCUCUAAUCCACUAGCCCCCACCCCUCCCAGAGCUGGGAGAGAACCCAGGAGUCCGGGCUCCCUGGCAUUACUGCUUUCCAGACACUAAACAGUUUCCCCCUCUGCCAGCCCCCCGUUUGAGCAGGGUGGGUGCGAGGGGGCGACUCCCUGGGUGUCCUGGUGUCUCAGUUCUCCAGCAGAGUUUGGCUUUAGCCGCAGCCCAGGAGGAGGGGAGAUCGGUCAACCCGAGCCCGGCCUGUCACCAGCUGCAUUAUGGGAAAUGCAAAUAAUAAAGGGCCAAUCCCACCCCGCUCCUCGAAGCCACCUCCACAGGGGAUGGUGAAGCAACUCCAGGAGGACGUCACCUGCUCCAUCUGCCUGGACAUCUUGGAGGACCCCGUCUCCAUCGAGUGCGGCCACAAUUUCUGCCGGGGCUGCCUCGCGGCUCACUGGAGCGGGGUCUCAGCCUGGGGGUCCCAGUGCCCCGAGUGCCGGGCUCCCUGCUCCAGGAACCGGAUGAUCCCAGACACACGCGUCAAAAACCUGGUGUUGAAAAUCAGAGACCUGCCAUGCGAAGAGACGCCGACAGCAACAGGGACAGCGAGCCCUGAGCAGGGGCCGGGGGCUCAGCCGGAGCCGGGGCACCCGGUGCAGCUGGUGCGUCUGGACAAGGAAGGGGACCUGACCCUGGACGAGGAGGCCCUGAGCCGCUGCCUGGAGCAGGGUGGGGUGGGGGACGCCCCCGUUUGCCUGGUGUCCAUCAUCGGGGAGCAGCGCCGGGGCAAAUCCUUCCUGCUGAACUACCUGAUGCGCCGGCUCCGGAGCCCGGAUGGGAAGGACGGAUCCUGGAUGGGCCGGGAGGAGGAGUCCCUGGAGGGGUUCGAGUGGCGAGUUGGCACCCGCAGCGUCACCAAGGGGGUGUGGGCCUGGAGUCAGCCCUUCUGGGUCCCCACCGAGCGGGGGAAGGUGGCCGUGCUGCUGGUCGAUACCGAGGGCUCCAUGGACAUCGCCAGAGACACGGAGACCAGCGUCAAACUCUCCGCCCUCUCCAUGCUGCUUGGCUCCUACCAGAUCCUGAAUGUUUCCAGCCAGAUAAAGGACCCUGAUCUAGAAUAUCUGGAGAUGUUUCUGCACGUGGCCGAAGAGGUGGGAAAGGAAUACGGGCUGGAGCCCAUCCAGCACCUAGACCUGCUGGUGCGGGACUGGAGCAGCUCCACGCUCCUUGGAGGCGACGGUGGGAAGAAGCAUCUGAGAGACGUCCGACAGAUGCUGGCGGCGACGUUCCCUUGCAAACACCCCAAGGCCCUGGAAGUGCUGAGCAGAAGCAGCAGCCGCUGUUACCUGAUGCCCUUCCCUGGCAAGUGGAUCAUGACUGGAAACCGGGGAAGCCUGAGAGACAUGGAUGAGGAUUUCCGGGACACCCUGAGGGACUAUGUCACCGCCCUGGUGGGCUCGGUCGGUCAACACAUCUGGAGGGACCGGCACGGGGAGCUGCUCACUGGGACACAGCUCGCUGCCAAGAUAAAGAAAUUCUCUGAUCUGAUGAAGAAACAUCACUGUGGCUUCUCCUCUCCCACUCAGAUGGCCAUCGCCUUCCACAACCAGAGAGUCCUGGACAGGGCCCAUGCAGACCACGCUGAUUUUCUGAAGGAGAAGGAAGGCCUGUCCCAGCGCAUGGACGACUGUCUGAAGGUGGAUCCAGGCGCAAUGGCGCAGCAGUUGGUGAAGCAGCGCAGGUCACUGCUGGGGCGGUGCCGGGGGGAGAUGAAGGAGCCGGAGAAGACCCUGCUGACGGCGCUAAAGGCAGAACUGACUCGGGAGGCUAAGGCCUUCCUGGAGACCUAUGGAGAGCGCUAUCAGUGUUAUGCCACCAACCAGAGAGCCAUGGACAGAGCCCGUGCAGACCACGCUGACUUUCUGAGGGAGAAGGAUGGCCUGUCCCGGUGCAUGGUCGACUGUCUGAAGGUGACACCGAGAGCAAUGGCGCAGCAGUUGGCGAAGCAGCGCAGGUCACUGCUGGGGCGGUGCCAGGAGGAGAUGAAGGAGCCGGAGGAGACCCUGCUGGCGGCGCUGGAGAAGGAGCUGACUCGGAAGGCCGAGACCUUCCUGGAGACGUACAGAGAGCGCUAUCGGGGUCAUGCCAUCAAUAUGGGCGUGGGGGCAGCGGGGGUGAUGGCAGCAAUGGGGAUGUUGGCUGCCCUUCCGUAUCUUCCCCACUGA